UACGAAUUGGCUGUUGCCUAGAUACUAGGACCACAUUUACGUCAACAAAUCUAGUGUAUCAGCAACGAAGAUGAACAUACCCUCUUCAUAGUAAACAUGCCGAAGCUACAGACGGAGAAGAUCCGCAUACCUACUCCUGGUCGUUGGAACUGGAAUGAUGAAACUCAAAGCCUCGAAUUUAUCAGAUUUAAUAAAGUGGUGGAGGUCAAUGAGAAGAGAAUAAACACUAAACCUGUUAAUUUUCAAGAUCUUGCCAGCAAGCGUCCUGAGGGUCAAAUGCAGACUUUGGCCAAGAGGGGGGGACAAAGUAGCAAGAAGACUGUGGGUCCUGCUUUACAUACCUACAAGUCUUCAGCGAAACCGAUUCAAAGGGACUAUGUGACCAUUGAAGACGUAAAACAAGUGGCACUCAGUUUGCUGCAGGAGAAUGAACUCUCCAUUCCACCAUCCUUCUUGCCUGUGUUGAAGAGCAAAGAGUUGAAUGACUUCCUAGCUGCCCUCCUCCUUUACCUUUCCUGUUACUUUGAGAGGAAGUCUCUGGAGAAGAACCCCAUUCCCCUUAUGGCUGAGCAGAGUACCUCAGAGAUGCAGGUGAUGACAGAGGCCCUUGUCAAGGUGGAGCUGGCUCAGAAACAGCUGGCCCUCUGCUACUCAAGCCUGGUCCUGGGGCCGGGCCGGUUCCAGCAACACCACAUGGCCCGUGGCAGGAGCCAUGUGUCAUCAACCUACAAAGACAGGCAAUUGUAUGAGUGUAUGUACAGCUUCUUCUGCUACGUAGCAUGGGUGACAUUCAGUAGGAAUGACCUGCGGGGCAUCCAGGAGGAGGUGGGGCGCCUUUUGCGUUCUGACACCUUCAACCCAGCCCUCAGGACUAGGGUCGAUGCUACAGAGGACACCCUGCUGGCACAGGACACCUAUUCCAAAGAGGGACAGACUGAUUCUAAAGAGCACUCACAGAGCCACAACGCAACAGAGCAAAGGAAGUCCCAGCGGCGUCCGGCUCUGUGUAAGAUCAUGACCCAGCGCUCGCCGCUUAUGGUGUCCUUACUGCCACUUCCGAGUGAGGAUGCUCCUCACCUGUUCGGCCGUGGCAGACCCAGGAAGCAGAGCCAGGAAACACUGAGUGACCUUGAGUCCUUGAUGGGAGAACUCAAAGACCAGCUGGCCACUUUCAGGAAUGUAGAGGAAGAAAGAGGAGAAUUUUUGCUAAAAGUGCUGUGGGCUGGAUUCAGACCAACUCUGCUGCAGUACAUGUGGCAGCUUAGACUGCUGGACAUCCUUGGACACACAAUAGGAACAUUUUCUAUUUAACUACUGUUGCGUAUUUAGCCCAUAAGUUAUGUUAGGGUCAAAUUGACCAGUUUUAAGAAUUUGAUAUGUCUGAAAUACUAUUUGGGUUAUUCUGAUCACCCUCACCUUUCACAAACACAAGCUAUUAUUAUCUUUAUUAUUGUAACUUUUCUUGUGGGAAAGGCUUUGUUGUGUAGUGGUGGGAGGAUCCAGGAAGUAUUGUUCAUAACUUUCCCAAGGUGAUAUUACUUAUUGGGCUUGAUAAGGACCUUGUCCAUAUGUUAUUAUGUAGACUACAAGUCCAAAAAUGAAUCAGCAGCUAAUCAGCGGCUAGCUUGUGGGAAACAAAGUCAAGGAGAGAUAUUUUCCGUGCGAACAUGUCACUUGAGCAAUUUCAUAUAUUCUCCAGAGUAGUUCAGUUCAAUAACUGUGACACAAGACCAGUGCGUCAUGUGAGAGACAAAUAGCACAUGUUGUGAGAGCCUUCCCAGUAACUUAACCUCUGUGAACAUCAUGGCUUAUUUUGCAGAGAUGACCAGCCCUGCUCCAUCUUAUUCCCUAACUUUCCAUAUGUGUGUAAGAUGUUUGGACCCAAAACAUAGAGGUUGUCACUAUGAUCAUAAUAUCUACACAUAUUAUUAAGCAGAACAUUGUCUUAAUUAUUAAAAAGUAUUGGUUUAUGUUGUCCAUCAUAGCAAAUAGAGAUCCAUUUCUGUUUUGGGGAUAAGAAAGUAAAUAAAGUAAAGUAAAGUAAAUGUUGUCUAAAUGGACUAUAUAAUAAAAGGAAACUAGUAAAUGUAAUCAUUUAUAUGAGUAAUGAGUUGGUUAUGGAUGUCAAACACAUUUGUUGGGGGCUAAAAUAUUAAUAGUGAGUAUUGGGUUGUGAUUUAACAUCCGGGGUCAAUUUGACUCGCUAACAUAAAGAGUGUAACCAAAAUGUUAACAUUACACAAAGGUUAAAAUGGCUCAACAUGUCUUGUACAGCUCAUUCGGUGGACCAUGGUGCUUACAAAGUAAAUGUAAAAUGUUGUACAUCCGGGUGACAUUCACAUUGCUCUUUAUGAUUCUGUUUUUUUC